AUGGACUAUAGAGAUUCAGAAAAUGACGCUCUAUCAAGAGAAAUAGCUGAAAUGUUUGCUGCAAAUGUUCUAUUUGAAAUACGAUCAUUUGAUAAUAUUAUUUAUGCUGAUAUAUCAUAUCAAAGUAAAUAUACGAGUGCUGUUAGUUAUUUUGAAAAUUUAUUAAAAUCCAUACAGAAUGAAAGAGAUCAAUACCAUAUUCAUUAUAGUCUUGCAACAGUAUAUAAUUGGACUAAACAGUAUGAUUUAGCAUUAGAACAUGUAGUUAUUGGAUAUAAUACUAGUGCAAAAUUAAAUCAUUUGACAGCAGUUACGUGGACACUACGUUUGACAGGUUUAAUUUAUUAUAAUCGAAUUGAUUAUGAUUAUGCAUUAAAAUUUUUUUGUAAAGCUUUAAAAGAUAUUGAUCCGAAUACUAGUUUUGAUCUGAUAGCUGAUAUACAACAAGAUAUGGCAUGUAUUUAUUUUAUUCAAAAUAAUAGUCUCCUUGCUCUAAAACAUAUUUAUCAAUCAUUAGGAAUCAUAGAUGAAUUUUAUUUCGAUGAAAUAUCAGAUAUAGCUGAUAUACAUAUAACAAUUGGACAAAGAUUUUAUAAAUGA